CAACUUUCAACACCGAUCAAACGUAUUGUCAUUUCGUUAGUCAUCCGAAUCCAUCUCAUUCGUGCAAUCGUUUAUCGUUUUAUGUUGCUUCUGAUUGUCCUUUGGUUUUACAAUUGUUAAUCGACAGUUGCACAAAAACAACGCGUAAAAUACAUGCAAAUGUAUACCUAUAUGUGAAGUGGUCUAAGUUGUAUUUUGUAGUGCAAAACAAUACUUUUGUUGUGAACAUUACCUGAGAACUGCUACGAUGCCGACCAGUGCCGUUUAUCAACCUACAACAGUGACAUACGAACAACAACCAAAUGAUCAGCGAUGGAAUUGCCCCAUCAGCUACUUUUCACGGCGUGUGACAAGUAGCCUGAAUAGGGGUGUUUGUGUGCGACUUGGAUUAUGUCUUUUGGGAAGCACACUGUUUAUCAUUGGUUUGGCUCUACUGAUAGCAGGCGGCGUGCAGAUGUCAAAUGCGACCCCAACACCUCAGGGCUCCGAUGACGGACUGGGAGCUCUCGUCGCCGGCGGAGUUAUACUGUUCUUGGGACUACUGUUUGCAGGUGUCGGUGGCUGGGCCUGGUCUGCCAGAUGGGGCGGCGGCAAGGAGGCCCCGGCCAGUGGCGCUGCGGCCCUCACCGCGCUCAACCCCUCUACGGACCCGCUGGUGGCGGCGCAGUACGCACCCGUGCGCGACGCCCCUCCCGCACCCGACGACGAGAUGCGCAAUCUCAUGGAUAACAAGGAAUGCUUAAGCAGUGCAGAGGAAAGCGAUAAGAUGUUGGACGGUCAACCUUCGGUGGCAUAAGAUUCAAUUUAAAAAAAACGAACUCAGGCAAGCCCUGGUUAUAUUUCUGUCCCCCUAUUCGUCAACGUGUUCGAAAGAUAAAUCCUGUUACAUAAAAUAUUCAUAAGCAUAGAACAUAUUUUCGUGGUAAUCCAUUUUGAUGCUCUUUUUGAACGCAUCCCAACUUUACAAUUUAUAUGGCAGUUCUGUCGAAGCCAUUAUAUUAAGCAUUUCAAUUUCUGUAUGUCUCUUGUCCUUAGGUAUAUUUCAAGGUACAAAACUAAUCCGAGAUGAUUAUGUUCGUAAACUUUGUGCGUUUUAUUGUGUGAUAAAAUAUUUUAUGUAUGUACCUUGAUACAAUCGACUUUAACUAAAAUCGAGAACAUUCGAAUCGAUUUAUUAUACUUUCACUGUGUUCUAAAUCUCACCUUCAAUGACUGUUUAUUUUACUCGUAUGUCUCAAUUUAUUAAUGUGUUACAUCUCUAAGACAUUUUAUUCUAAUAAUCUGUAUUAUAAGAUUAAAAUAGAUUUCAUUAUAAUAUGUACAUGUGAUUUAGUAAAGACAUGUGGCCAAAUUAUCGUCCAUAUUUUUAGGAUUGUAACGCCCAUAAUCGUAUAUCUGUCGUUUCAUUGUAUCUUUCGAGUUAAGUAAAUUAGGUUGUGUUGGAAAGUUACUUUAAAUAUGUAACUUUUUAAAACACUGCUUUUGCUGUAAUUUUCAGUAAUGUUCGCUAUGAGAUAAAAAUUAAUGUUGUCAAAGUCUAUUUUGUCUUUUAAAUCGCUUACCGGUGUUUGUAAGUUUUAAGGAUAUUAAAAUUAUAUGCGAAUACAGCAAUAAAUCAAUCGCUUCAACAAGUUUGAAUUGUCGGAAUAGGAUUUAAUUGGCUGCGUGUAACGCAAAAUAUCGGGCAAACGGAAACCCACAUCACUUCGUAUAUUUCAUUUUGCCUUCGUGCCAUUGCCCGAUCCUAUGUUCAGAGGACUCAAGAAUAUUUGACUAAAUUGUAUAAUUAACACAAACACAAUAGGAUUAGAGAAAUGAAAUUUUGCUUUAGAAAUAAUUUUUUGC